AUGCCGCCACAUCACGACAAUAGAGGGCUCAAGAGGAAGCGUCCCACCGCUUCAACAGAGGAGGAUCUUACUUUAAAGGUCGCUCGAAAAUUGCACCAUGGUUUGAAGGAGGUCAGGAAAGCAGCCAAGAAGGCCAAGUCGUUCGAAAACCAAAAAAUGGUCAAGAAACUAAAGCUCCUUCGGAAGGACCCGGAAAAGAACGGGCAAGAGAUCAAAGAUAUGGAGGCUCAGCUGGAAACGUUGAAGAACACAAAUCACGACCGGAUAGGCACUCUGGCACUCAGAAGUAAACUCAAAAAGGACAAGAUCCUUUCCUCAAAUUCCUCAGUCACCUCCGCCAUUGCUACCGAACUACCACCAGGCACAUCUACGUCUACCAAUACCGAUCCUAAAGUCGACUCUCGAUUACUCAGCUCGAAGGCUCUUGCCUCUGAGGUCAACUUAUUUGUUGCAUCACUCAGGCUAGUCAUCAAUCCGCAGGCCAAACUCGAUACAGAGGCAGAGUCUCCGCGACCUACGAAACUCCAGAAGCAGGAUCUCCCUGAGGGAGACCACCAGAGUGAGAGUGAAGCAGAAGAUAUAGCGGAUCUGAGGAUCGAGGACGAACCUGUUGACGAGAGUAGUGCUGUUCUGGAGGGCGACGGCUGGGAAUCGGGCACUAUUGAUGGAGACUCCGAUGAAGAUGACGAGGACGAAGAUCACAAGUCCUCUGACGGUGAAGAGCGCGCCCCAAAAUCACAGCAAGAGAAGCCCAAAGCCACCUACGCGACUAGUGUCAAGGAACGCCCAAAACCCACGGAAUCCGCUUUUCUUCCAUCUCUCUCGGUGGGUUUCACCCGUGGGGACUCGGAUUCCGAAUUUAGCGACGGCGAGGAAAAACCUACCGAACGCAAGAAUAGGAGAGGGCAGCGAGCGCGAAGAGCUAUCUGGGAGAAGAAGUAUGGUCGAGGCGCCAAGCAUCUGAACAGCGAGGCGCAAGAGACCGCCAACAAGUCUAAUGGACCAAACCACGGUCGAUCGGCAGGAUCGUCCACGAACUUCCGACCAAAUCAUACCGAAAACUCCUACAAACGAAACGAUUCCGCCCGCAGUCAUCAGCCCGCACCUCCUAAUAGAACUUUCAACGCACCACCCUCGAGGUCUCGGUCGGAUCGCCCCCCACCACCCCCGGCUCGAGAAGAGCGUCCUCUUCAUCCCUCCUGGGAAGCAAAGAAGAAAUUGAAGGAAAAAGAAUCUGGAGCAAUCGUUCCUCCACAGAAUAAACGCAUCACAUUCGAUUGA